AUGUACCCCAGCGCACUCUACGAAUUUGACAUUCUCAUUAUCUUCCCAGUUACUGUUUACCCUGUGAAUAUUUCCUUUGCAAAAUCAUGUCCAAGGAUUGUUGUGUGCAUUGAUGACCAAGAAAUUAAGAAGCAUAAAGCAAAGGAAACUGAAAGAGAACUAAAAUCAGAGCAACAACAACUACUUAGUGAAGAAUUGAAGAAGCUAGCCAACAGUGAGCUAGUAAAAGAAGAUGUGGCAUCAGCUUCUGUUAAAAAGAGAAAGGUGAACUGGCCUUGGAAGAUAAAGUGUGGCAUUUGUCAUUGCAUAGUGCAGCUUCGGAUUGACUCAAGCAUAGCGGGAAGAAUCUCUUAUUUUAAAUCUCAUCAUUUUGAUGCUUGCAAGGAAAAAAGAAAACAAAUAAACAAGCAGAGCACGAUUUCAGAGAUGUUUGGAAAAAAGAGGAAAAAGGAUGACCAAGAUGUAGGGACACGCACAGUUACUGGCCAAGUUGAGUUAAUAGAAGUUGACUCUGAUCUUGACUUUUCUGAUGUUGAAGAUGAUGGAGGGGAACGCAAGUAAGUUGUGGUAUAUAAUCACCGCGUUCGAUGUGGUUGACCAGUGACCAGUUAAGAAAAGUGUUAAAUUUUCAAAUUAUUUUAAAGAAUUUUAACAUCCAAGAUUGUAAUUAAUAAAGUAUAUAGGUCUAUAUAGAACAUCUGGAAAGUCUAGGUUGAUAUGGAUUGAAUACAUAUUUAUACUCAGA